GUUAAAGCGCUGCCUGUUAUAUAACUAGAAGCUGUCAUAUGCCCCUGAAUCAUCAUCUUUUCUUCUUAAGUUCCUGACAACAAGUCCACUAACAACCACCGUAAUUUCACCUACACCAUACAAACAUCAACAAUCCCAAAUCCCAAAGAUGACGCGCAAGACCCCAUCCGAGCUCCUAGCCGCCAACCCCCUAGACCUGACCCCCUACGAAUCUCUCUACAAGCAUUUCCACGCACAUCCCGAACUCUCCAAAAGAGAGAAAGCAACCGCCGAAAGAAUAGCAGCUUAUCUCGCGCAAUGGGAUGCCUUUGAGAUCCACACCCGGAUCGGGGGUCACGGAGUCGCCGGGGUCCUGCGCAACGGGCCGGGAAAGACCGUCCUUCUGCGGGCGGACAUGGACGCUCUCCCCGUGCAAGAAAUCACGGGCUUACCCUACGCCAGUGCGGUCACGAUGCAGGAUGCCAGCGGCGCGGAGAAGCCGGCCAUGCACGCCUGCGGCCACGACAUGCACAUCACGUGUCUGCUGGCGGCGGCUGAACGGCUGGUGCGGAUGCGAUCCGACUGGGGUGGAACACUGAUUGUGGUGUUCCAGCCUGACGAGGAGCGCGGCGAGGGCGCCCGCGCAAUGGUGGAUGACGGCCUGUACGACAAGAUCCCCGUGCCGGAUUAUGUCUUCGGCCAGCAUGUGAUGCGCAUGCGCGCGGGGAGCGUGGGCUCGCGUCCGGGGACCAUCAUGGCUGCGGCGGAUAGCUUGAAGAUCACGCUGUUCGGGCGUGGCGGUCACGGGUCCCUGCCGCAUCAGACGGUGGAUCCGGUGCUGCUGGCGGCGAAUGUGGUGGUGCGGCUGCAGGGGAUCGUGAGCCGCGAGAUUGACCCCAGUGAUCUGGCGGUCGUGACCGUCGGGAGCCUGCAGGCCGGCCAGGCGGAGAACGUCAUCCCGGACACCGCCGAGCUGGGCGUGGAUUUCCGCUCGGUGAGCGUCGAGACCCGCAAUAAGAUCCUCGCCGCCAUCAAGCGUAUCGUCGAGGCCGAGUGCAUGGCCAGUGGCUCGCCGCGGCCACCGGUCUUCACGCCCACUCGAAACUUCCCUCCCACCAUCAACGACAAGCAAGUCACGGCUGAACUGGCGUCUUGCUUCGCGGAGCAUUUUGCAGACGGGUUUGACGCCGACACCCCUCGGACUAAUGUCAGCGAAGACUUCUCGAUCCUUGGCACUAGCCAGGGCCGGCCCUGCUCGUUUUGGUUCUUUGGUGGCAUCGAUCCGGCAGUGUGGGAUGAGGCAGAAAGCAAAGAUCGCCUCCACGAGAUUGCUGGCAACCAUUCCGCCUCAUUUGCCCCGGCGAUCCAGCCAACGAUGAAGACGGGAAUGGACGCGCUUUGUGUCGCGGCGUUGACGUAUCUGAGGAAGUAGACCUUGGAAACGUCAGAGUGAUGCAUAUAAAACGCUUGAUGCAAUUUCCC